AUCCCCCGCUAAAUGUGGAAAAAAUGCGCCACUCCCCGCCCCGCGUGCCGUCAGCCCGGCCCGGUGCAUCCCAUUGGACGCGGCCGACGGAGCCGGGGGGGGCUCCGCACCCUCCGCCGACUUUUAAAAAGUGGCGGCGGCGCCGGGCGCGGGAUCGGACGAAACCGAGUCGAGCCGAGUCGAACCGAACCCAGCCGAACCCGAACCACAGCCGAACCGGGGCCCAGCAAGGAGCCGAACCCGAACAGAAACAGCGCGGAACAGCCCCGAACUCAACCCAUGUCGAAACGCGAACUUCAACGCGGGCCGGCCUACGGGCUGUCGGCAGAGGUGAAGAACAAGCUGGCACAGAAGUACGACCCACAGACAGAGCGUCAGCUGCGUGUCUGGAUCGAAGGAGCCACCGGGCGCCGCAUCGGGGACAACUUCAUGGACGGCCUCAAGGACGGCGUCAUCCUCUGCGAGUACGACCCCAACCCGACCCCAUCCCAACCACCAACCCAUCCCCACCCUGUGACCCCCCCAGGGAACUUCCUGCGGGCCAUCAAACACUACGGAGUGAAGCCCCACGACAUCUUCGAGGCCAACGACCUCUUUGAGAACACCAACCACACACAGGUGCAGUCCACCCUCAUCGCCCUCGCCAGCCAGGCCAAGACGAAGGGGAACAAUGUGGGGUUGGGGGUGAAGUACGCGGAGAAGCAGCAGCGUCGCUUCCAGCCUGAGAAGCUGCGCGAGGGCAGGAACAUCAUCGGCCUCCAGAUGGGCACCAAUAAGUGUGCCAGCCAGUCCGGCAUGACAGCCUAUGGCACCAGGAGGCACCUCUACGACCCCAAACUGGGCACAGACCAGCCCUUGGACCAGGCCACCAUCAGCCUCCAGAUGGGCACCAACAAAUGUGCCAGCCAGGCGGGGAUGACGGCGCCGGGGACCAAGAGGCAAAUCUUCGAGCCGUCCCUGGGCAUGGAGCGCUGCGACACAAACAUCAUCGGGCUGCAGAUGGGCAGCAACAAGGGCGCCUCACAGCAGGGCAUGACGGUGUAUGGGCUGCCGAGGCAAGUGUACGACCCCAAGUACUGCGACGCGCCCGGGCUGCUGGGCGAGGACGGCCUCAACCACAGCUACUACAACUCACAAUAACCCCCACGGAGCCCAACACGAGCCCCCUCCCCACGGUCGCUUGCACCUCCCCGUGCUGGGGAUGCACCGCACCGGCCUCACCGCGCGCCCGGGGCUGCUGGGAAGGGGCCAGCGGGGGGUCCCGGAGCUGGGAACCUUGAGCUGGGGGGUCCCGGAGCUGGGAACCUUGAGCUGGGGGGUCCCGGAGCUGGGAACCUUGAGCUGGA